AUGGCAAAUCAGGUUCGGUCAAUACAUGCUGAAGGGCAAGCACGCGUGCAUGUCGGCAAUAGUUAUUACGGCUCGAGCGACUUCCUCCCGACCGCAGACGAUGCAGCCUUCGACUCCCACGCGGAAGAGCAUAACGCCCGAUGCCACCGCGACACCCGAACCGAGCUCCUCCGUCAGAUCAGAGAGUGGGCAGACGAUCCUCACGGCAAGACUAUCUUUUGGCUGAACGGCAUGGCAGGGACAGGGAAAUCCACCAUUUCUCGAACCGUGGCAAAGUCGUUCGCGGACGACGGCAUCCUCGGCGCGAGUUUCUUCUUCAAAAGGGGGGAAGGCGACCGUGGCAAAGCAACCUUGUUUUUCCCUACAAUUGCCAGCCAGCUUGUGCGCAAAAUCCCUGCCCUGGAGGCUUUUGUCAGAGAGGCUAUCAAUAACAACCCGGAUGUUGCCAGGAAGGCACUGAGAGACCAAUUCGAAAAGCUUAUCCUGCAGCCUCUGGAUCGCAUUCACCACGCUAUAGCUGUGAUCGUCGUUGACGCUCUCGAUGAGUGUGACGGUGACAACGACGUGAAGGUCAUCAUCUCCUUACUAUCACAAGCAAAGGAACUCCGCUCCCCAGGUUUGAGAAUCUUCAUUACCAGCCGACCUGAGCUGCCCAUUCGCCUCGGCUUCAAGAACGUUACGGGAGAGUAUCAGGACCUAGCACUGCAUCAAAUCCCGGAACCAAUCGUCGAACACGAUAUAUCUGCAUUCUUGCGACACGAACUCGCGAGAAUCAGGGACGACUACAACCACCAAGCUCUCGAAGGCAUAGAGCUGCUGCCAGAUUGGCCCGGUGAACAUGCUAUUCAAACUCUCGCUCAGAUGGCCGUCCCAUUGUUUAUUUUCGCUGCAACCGUAUGCCGCUUCAUUGAAGAUCCGGCGUGGUCAGAUCCCGCCGAUCAGCUGGAGAAAGUCUUGCAGUAUCAGAUGAAGGCCUACGAUUCCGAGCUCGGCAAGCUCGACGCGACAUAUUUCCCAGUUCUCAAGCAGAUCAUUAUCGGACAUACUAAUCCGCAGAAGCUAUUAGCUGCCUUCCGAGAUGUGGUUGGCCCCAUUGUCCUCCUCGUUCAGCCCCUCUCGGUGUUGUCGCUUGCAAAACUUCUCAACUUCUCCACUAAAUCCAUAUAUGGCAGGCUCAACUCUCUCCACUCCGUCCUAAGCAUUCCCUCGAGGAUAGAUUCUCCUGUCAGACUCUUUCAUUUGUCCUUCCGUGACUUCCUCGUCGAUCCAACCAAGCGUGCUGCUGAGUUUUGGAUCGACGAGACAAAAUAUCACAAGACACUUGCGGACAGAUGUAUUCAACUGUUGCACCAACACCUCAUGAGAGAUAUCUGCGGUCUACAAGUGCCGGGAAAGCUGCGGUCAGAGAUCGAUCAGCGAACUAUUGACGCCGCUCUGCCGCCCGAGACCCAGUACGCCUGUCAGUACUGGGUCCACCAUUUGAAGGAGGGUAGAAGCACCGUACAGGAUGGCGGCCCAGUCCACAGCUUCCUGACGAGCCAUCUACUUCACUGGCUUGAAGCGCUCAGCCUCUUGGGCCGUAUCUCGGAGAGUAUCAGCAUAGUAGACGACUUAUUAACCUUUCUACAUGUAUAUGCAUUCCUCUGUGAUCUGAAACGGUUUAUUUUAAACAGUCAAUCGAUUAUCGACAUAGCGCCUCUUCAGAUAUACGCUUCAGCACUUGUGUUCAGCCCGGCCCGCAGUAUAACAAGAGGCAUAUUUAAGCAAGAAGAACGGAAGUGGAUUACUAGCGGGCCAAUUGUACAAGAUAGUUGGAAUGCGUGCCGGCAGACGCUAGAGGGGCAUAGCGAUUCGGUCAGGUCGGUCGUCUUUUCGCCGGAUUCGAAGUGGAUUGCCUCAGGGUCAGACGAUCGUACCAUUAAGAUCUGGAAUCUCGAAACUGGAUCAUGCCAGCAGACGCUAGAGGGGCAUAGCAGUUCGGUCGGGUCGGUCGUAUUUUCGCCGGAUUCGAAGUGGAUUGCCUCAGGGUCAGGCGAUUGUACCAUUAAGAUCUGGAAUCUCGAAACUGGAUCAUGCCAGCAGACGCUAGAGGGGCAUAGCGGUUGGGUCUGGUCGGUCGUGUUUUCGCCGGAUUCGAAGUGGAUUGCCUCAGGGUCAGGCGAUCGUACCAUUAAGAUCUGGAAUCUCGAAACUGGAUCAUGCCAGCAGACGCUAGAGGGGCAUAGCGAUUCGGUCAGGUCGGUCGUGUUUUCGCCGGAUUCGAAGUGGAUUGCCUCAGGGUCAGACGAUCGUACCAUUAAGAUCUGGAAUCUCGAAACUGGAUCAUGCCAGCAGACGCUAGAGGGGCAUAGCGAUUCGGUCUGGUCGGUCGUGUUUUCGCCGGAUUCGAAGUGGAUUGCCUCAGGGUCAGACGAUCAUACCAUUAAGAUCUGGAAUCUCGAAACUGGAUCAUGCCAGCAGACGCUAGAGGGGCAUAGCGAUUCGGUCUGGUCGGUCGUGUUUUCGCCGGAUUCGAAGUGGAUUGCCUCAGGGUCAGACGAUCGUACCAUUAAGAUCUGGAAUCUCGAAACUGGAUCAUGCCAGCAGACGCUAGAGGGGCAUAGCGAUUCGGUCAGGUCGGUCGUGUUUUCGCCGGAUUCGAAGUGGAUUGCCUCAGGGUCAGGCGAUCGUACCAUUAAGAUCUGGAAUCUCGAAACUGGAUCAUGCCAGCAGACGCUAGAGGGGCAUAGCGAUUCGGUCAGGUCGGUCGUGUUUUCGCCGGAUUCGAAGUGGAUUGCCUCAGGGUCAGACGAUCGUACCAUUAAGAUCUGGAAUCUCGAAACUGGAUCAUGCCAGCAGACGCUAGAGGGGCAUAGCGAUUCGGUCUGGUCGGUCGUG